GAUUAAAUCUUUCGCUCUCCACGCUCCCUAUACUUACACUAGUACUACUACUAUUUCAACAACAAAAAGAAAAUAAGAAGACAUUUCUCAAAAUCAAACACAAACCAUUUUCGGCAUAUACUCCCCACAACCAAACCAUUUUCCUCAGUUUAAGGCUUAACUAAUUAAUUGUCUUUUUUAUUUGUGUUCCAGUUUUGGCAUGCAACGUUAAAUUCACGUAACUGCAGUUCAAAUAAUUACGUGUUUGGUUAUUGUGUUAUUGUAAUGCUUGCUGUGUCAUCUUUGAGUAACACAACGAACAAAGAUGAAAGGGGUAACGAGAUGGAAAGUUUCACGAUCGGAGGAGGUGACGAUUUUCCAGAUUUUAUGGGUGAGAAUUUGCUCGACAGUAUUGAUUUUGAUGACCUUUUUGUUGGGAUCAACGACGGAGAUUUGCUACCAGAUUUGGAGAUGGACGCAGAGAUUUUUGCUGAAUUUUCAGUUAGUAGUGGCGAUGAAUCUGAUGUGAACAACUAUAAUAUCUCUACUCCUACUACUAUAAAAAAUGUAGAACAAGAGAGUUGUUUAAGAAAAGAGGAAGUGGAAAAAACAUCAUCAGUUUCAGCUUCAGAUCUUGGUUCGGGGUUAACGAGCCUGAAUUAUCAGGGAGAUGAAAUUGUGAGUACUCAAAAGAGUGAAGAAUCUGCACCACCAGUGAAUCAGAAUCCUUUGCAUAAAGAAAGUGAUAAAGGCAAAAAGUCAUCUGCUCAAUCCAAAAAUAAUCCUCAAGGGAAGAGGAAAGUUAAGGUGGAUUGGACGCCAGAAUUGCACAGAAGAUUUGUACAAGCAGUAGAGCAGCUAGGUGUAGAUAAGGCAGUUCCAUCUAGAAUUUUGGAAAUUAUGGGAAUCGAUUGUCUCACUCGCCAUAACAUUGCCAGUCAUCUUCAGAAAUAUCGAUCCCAUAGGAAGCAUUUACUUGCAAGAGAAGCCGAGGCGGCGAGCUGGAGCCAAAGAAGGCAAAUCUACGGCGGUGCAGCUGCCGGAGGCGGAGGAGGAAAGAGAGAGAUAAACCCAUGGCCUGCGCCGACUAUUGGCUUUCCUCCUCCUCCUCCAAUGGCAACUCCAAUGCCUCAUUUUAGACCCUUACAUGUAUGGGGUCAUCCAUCUGUCGACCAAUCAUAUAUGCACAUGUGGCCUAAACAUUUAGCACCUUCACCUUCUCCUCACCAGCAUCCAUCGCCAGCUUGGCCACCUCCUUCUCAUCUUCAUCUUUCACCACCUGCAGAUCCUUCUUUCUGGCAUCCACAUCAUCAACGGAUACCAAAUUCUCUUACCCCAGGAACUACUUACUUUCCAGCACCUAUAGCACCAACGAGAUAUCAUGCUCCUCAUCCAGUCCCAGGCAUUCCACCCCCUGCCGCCAUGUACAAAGUAGACCCCGGCAUUGGCGUUCGAACUGCCGUCGCCGGAGCUGGACAGCCUCUUCCCAAACCUCCUUGUGACUUUCAUCCUUCAAAGGAGAGCAUAGAUGCGGCUAUUGGAGAUGUUUUAUCAAAGCCAUGGCUGCCACUUCCCCUCGGACUGAAACCUCCCGCUGUAGACAGUGUGUUGGGAGAAUUACAGCGUCAAGGGGUACCUAAAAUACCACCAACUUGUGCAUAGAGUUAUUGAGGCAGUGCAUUCAGACUCCAGAGGGUCUCCUAUAACCCAAGCGCUAUAAUCUGCAUGGACAACUCACGUGCUGCACAGACAACUCACGUGCUAUAAUAUCAUAUCAGAAUCCGCAUAGAAAACUCACGUGCUGAGGUACAAUACCCACAAAUAGGCCAUCAGCCUCAUAGCAAAGCCGGUGGAAUUUUUUGGGGUUCUCUUACACCAAGAAACCCUUCAAUUCGACGACAUUUCCUGCACGUAGAGAUGAAGAUGAAUUAAAUCUGUCAUCACCAUCAUCUAUAAUGCAGUUUUUUCCCUCAUAUAUCAGAAAACUUUUUUUUUUUUUUUUUGUUUCUUAACUUUGUUGUCCUACUUUGUUCUUGUUUCGUUAUGUGCAAGGACAUGCUUUAACUUAACAAUGGGGUUUGCACAUGCAUGAACUGAUAUAUCUUUUUGUGAUGAUGUAAUCACCGGUUUGAGAAUUCUAAUAAUAGCGAGAGCUUCUUGUAAA